CAGGUGUAGAGAAGCUGAUCAGUACCUGUGUGUGCGACUUACCUACUGCUCGCUGAUGAGAUGAAUCGCGAUCUGUGAAGUUCGGAAUGCCGCGCUGCCCGAUCUACAUAUCGUUACAGAAAGAUGAACCAGCUGUGCAAGGUGUGCGGAGAGCCAGCGGCCGGAUUCCAUUUUGGUGCUUUUACCUGCGAGGGAUGCAAGUCCUUCUUCGGCCGAACGUACAACAAUAUCAGCUCAAUAUCGGAAUGCAAAAACAACGGCGAAUGUGUGAUCAACAAAAAAAAUCGGACAGCUUGCAAAGCAUGCCGCUUAAGAAAGUGCCUUUUGGUCGGUAUGUCGAAAAGUGGAUCUCGUUACGGUCGUCGAUCAAACUGGUUCAAAAUCCACUGCCUCCUCCAAGAGCAGCAGCAAGCCGGCGCCAACAUGGCGGCGGCGGCUAACCUCCUUCGUCCGCACCCCUACCUGACACCCCUCUUCCACAGCGCGGCCCCCAGGACCGCCUCCAGAGAGACCAAAAGCUCGGAAUCGGACAGCGGCGCCUCGUCGGCCGACCCCGAGGACGAGCUCCGCUCUUCCAGUGCCUUUAGUUACAUAAAACCGUCCAGUGAUCGUGAUUACUUUUCCGUGAAAAAACUGCCAUCUCCGGCGAGUGAUAGUGAAUGUUUCGAUAGGCGGAAAUUUAUUAGUGCAUUAGUAAACGCUCCUUCCGUGUCGCCGGCUUCGCUCCCAUCGAUCUCGCCCAGCGGAGGAUUCCUGCCCAAGUGGCUGCCGCCGCUGCAAGGCUUCAACGACCCCUCGGCCUGGAGGGACCUCUGGGCCCGCGGGCCCAUCACCCCCGCUGCCGCCGCCCCCGACCAGGUCGAGCCCAUCGACUUAUCGGUGAAGAGCCCGCCCAAGGUGACGACGCUACCGUCUUCCGAUAGUGAUCAAGAACUUUGUAUAGACGUUGGUGUCGACGAGCCACUCAAACCUGUGCCUUUAGACUUGACUUUAGAUAGACAAACUACAGAUGUCUCUAACUGAAUUCAUUCCAUGCAGGUUGUGAUUUUAGUCCUUGUUUUGUUAUUUGUAUUAAACUAAUAGUUCCUUUCGAAGUAUCUUGAAUCGAAAGUUUAUGCUCAAAUUUGUUUUUGUUCAGAAUAAACCAGCCAUGAACUCUAGCAAAGCCUCUAUUGGCCUGUAAUGAAUAAAAUGCAAUAUUAAACUUCAAGUCUUAAUAUUGCACCCAUUUUAUUUUCAAAUGACAAGCAUUUUGGCGCCAAUUAAUGGAAUUCCUUGAAUUAAGUGUUUAGUUUUAGUAAUUUUGUGACUUGAAAGUUAUUUCAACAAGGCCAGUUUAUGAAUUUUUGUGAUUUGUUUUAUCUUUUUAAGAAAAAAAUACCUAUGUUGAACAGUAUGUGAAAUAAUUUGAUUAUUUUAAUACUUAUCUGAAGUUGUUCACAACUUAAAAUGUAUUUUGUUGUUUUUGAAACAUUUACAGUUAGUGUCGAUACAAUACAAAGCAUUAAAAUGUGUCAAAACAUGUUAUUUUUUAUAGAAAAUGUAUACACAAAGUAAAUUUUGAUAAUAUACAAUUUUAUAUAAAAUGUAAAAAUCAGGACUAAAACAAAUUUUUGUUGUAUUUAAUGUAAACGGGUCUUAAUAAUGUACUUUAAGUUUGUCAAUGCAAUUCAAUAUUUUACCAUAACGACAUAAUAGUUAAAAUGAAUAUCAAUGAAUUUUUGAAGAGUUUUUUAUGCAGACUAAUUUUUAAUUUAAAAUUUCAAACAAUAUACCUGCCUACAUUGUAACUGUUAAAAAAAAUCAUUAAUAUGAUGCCAUUGUCUUUUUCUGAUUGCAAUAAAAUCUUUACUUUUACAAUGUGUGUUCGACAAUUUGUAAAUAUUCAAAAAAGAGUAAUAUAUAAUUUUUUGUACAUAAAGCUACUCUAGGGAUCUUAUGUGAGAAAUUUUCCAUGAACAUUCCUAAUGUUGGGAACAAUUCGAAUAAUAUUGUUAUAAAUUAGUACCUGAUGAUGCUGCAAUUCAGAAUUAUUUUCUCAAACUGAUUAAUAGGAAGCAGUUUAUUUCUCUGUGAACAGUAGAUAUUUAUUGAAGUAUGUAUUUAUAUUAUGUUAAAGGUCAGUUGUGGGUAGACAAUUCAUAGCAUUAUUUUUUGUACAUUUUAUUUAUAACGAUGUAUAAAUUGCCAGACUACUUAUAUUGUAUCAAUUAAGUAUUAAAAUGUAUCCGGCCAGUAAAAAUGUGCCUUAUAAUGUUAUAUAAUUUUAUAUUUUUGCUUUAAAUAAAAUGUUAUGUUUUACAAAAAGAA